GUUAAUUUAUAAUACUUUUCAAAUGCACUCAGGAUGCAGAAUUACUCUUCACUUAGCUUGUAGAUAGCUGAAAGAUAAAGAUACAUUUUCUAAAUCAGAUCCAUAGGUUUUGGUUUUUGAAAAAAAAUUUAGAAAUAAUUGCUUAGAUCAUUAAUGGUCUUUAAUUGGAAAAACAGAAAUAGUUAAAAACAAUCUUAAUCCUAAUUUUUAAACAUCAAUAAUUUUAGAUUAUAUUUUUGAAGUUAAAUAACCAUUAAAAUUUGAAGUAAGAGAUGUAGAUGGAGAAAACUUUGAUGAUCUUGGUUGUGUAGAAACUACAGUUGGAAUAAUGUUUGGAUCAAGAAAUUAAACAUGUAUUCUUGAUUUGAAUAAAGGAGGAAAAUUAAUCACUAUGUGUGAAAAAAAUCAAGAUUUAAAUGAAUUAUAUAUAAUGCAAAUAAAGGGAUCAUCUUUAAAAGGAUCUUGGUGUUCUGCUCCAAAUCCAAGUUUUAAAAUAUUUAAAAACGUUAACUAAAAUCAAUUUUUUGCUUAUUAAUCAGAACUUGUUCACAAAACUUCAAAUCCAUAAUGGAAGACUUUUUAAAUAAAAUAAUUUAAAAUUGGAGAUUAAUUUAAAGUUGAAGUUUAUGAUUCAAUUAAUAAAAUAAUAGGAUCUAAUUAAAUAACAAUAGAUCAAUUAAAAAAAGAGCAAAGAUAAUUCUAAUUAAGCAAUAGUGGUGGUUUCAUUUAAUUCUCAUAAUUUGAAACAAUAUUUAAAUACACUUUUAUGGAUUAUAUCUAAGGUGGAACUUAAUUAAAUUUAAAUAUAGCUAUUGAUUUCACAUAAAGUAAUCGAGAUUAAGAUUAAUAGAAUAGUUUACAUAGAAUAUAUUCUUAAAAUUAAUAUGCUUAAGCACUUACAAGUAUAGGAGAAAUAUUAUUAGCAUAUGAUUAUGAUAAGUAAGUACAAUGUUAUGGUUUUGGUGCAAAACUAAAUUUUCCAAAUUUAAAAACUAGUACUGUUAGCCAUUGUUUUCCAUUAUCUGGAGAUCCAAAUAGUACAAGUGCGUUAGGCUUAGAUGGAAUUAUGUAGAUGUAUUAGAAUGCAUUAAAUUAUUUACUAUUUUCUGGACCUACAUUUUUUGGUCCUAUAAUUAUUGAAGCAAUGAAAUAAGCAACUUUUCUUAAAUAAUAAGGAUUAAAUUAAUAUUUAAUAUUACUAAUAUUAACUGAUGGAGCAAUUCAUGAUAUGGAUUAAGUUGAAGAAUAUUUAGAAUAAGCAGCAUUUUUACCAAUUUCAAUAAUCAUAAUUGGAGUUGGAGAUGAUGAUUUUUCUUUAAUGAAGAGAUUGGAUGGAGAUAUUCGUAUUAAUUUAAUUAUAUUCUAGCUGAUGGAUAAAUGAUGUAGUCAGUUAAUAAAAGAGAUCUUGUAUAAUUUGUUCCAUUUAGAGAUUUUAAAGACUCUAUGUUAUUAGCUAAGGAAGUUCUGGAAGAAUUACCAGAUUAAUUAGUAAAUUACAUGGAAAUGUAAGGAAUUAAACCUGGAGCACCACCUGUUCAUUAAAUGUAGGGAUUUAAUAUGACCAUGCCAUAAUAAUAAUGA